ACCUCCUGGGGCGUUCUUUUCCCGAGAAGGCGCCUCCCGUUUUCUUCCCGAGGACGCCUCCUCUCCCAGACCCUUUGGCCCCCCAGUCGCGUUCACAAACUAAGCCUUUUAUUGGGCGAUUUCGAACUCACUAGAAAAAUGGUUAACUGUCCCCUCCUGGAAGCGCCACGGGCCUAAAAUUCGACUCGGCUCGUUUUUCCAUGGUUUGGCUUGGAUAUUGGUGGAACCCUAGUCAAGCUGGUUUAUUUUGAACCUAAAGACAUCACUGCUGAGGAAGAAAAGGAGGAAGUGGAGAGUCUGAAAAGCAUUCGCAAGUACCUGACCUCCAAUGUGGCUUAUGGAUCCACAGGAAUUCGGGACGUGCACCUUGAGCUGAAGGACCUGACUCUGUGUGGACGCAAAGGCAAUCUGCACUUUAUACGCUUUCCCACUCAUGACAUGCCUGCUUUUAUUCAAAUGGGCAAAGAUAAAAACUUCUCGAGUCUCCACACUGUCUUUUGUGCCACUGGAGGUGGAUCAUACAAAUUUGAGCAGGAUUUUCUCACAAUAGGUGACCUUCAACUUCACAAACUGGAUGAACUGGAUUGCUUAAUAAAAGGAAUUUUGUACAUUGACUCAGUUGGAUUCAAUGGACGGUCACAAUGCUAUUAUUUUGAAAAUCCUGCUGAUUCUGAAAAAUGUCAGAAGUUGCCAUUUGAUUUGAAAAAUCCAUACCCUCUGCUUCUGGUGAACAUCGGCUCAGGAGUUAGCAUCUUAGCAGUGUAUUCCAAAGAUAAUUAUAAGAGGGUCACAGGCACCAGUCUUGGAGGAGGAACUUUCUUUGGUCUCUGCUGUCUUCUUACUGGCUGUAGCACUUUUGAAGAAGCUCUUGAAAUGGCAUCUCGUGGGGAUAGCACCAAAGUGGACAAAUUAGUUCGAGACAUUUAUGGAGGAGACUAUGAAAGGUUUGGAUUGCCAGGCUGGGCUGUGGCUUCAAGUUUUGGAAACAUGAUGAGCAAGGAGAAGAGAGAGUCUGCCAGUAAGGAGGACCUUGCCAGAGCAACUUUGAUCACCAUCACCAACAACAUUGGCUCCAUAGCAAGAAUGUGUGCCCUUAAUGAAAACAUUAACCAGGUCGUGUUUGUCGGCAAUUUCCUGAGAGUCAACACAAUCGCCAUGCGGCUUCUGGCAUAUGCUCUGGAUUACUGGUCUAAGGGGCAGCUGAAAGCACUGUUUUCAGAGCAUGAGGGUUAUUUUGGAGCCGUUGGUGCACUCCUUGAGCUGUUGAAGAUACCCUGACUGUUACCCAGAGGACUUCCUGAAACUUACCACAGGGGCAUCUGUGGACUUCUGUAUUUUUUUUCUUUUAAAGAGACUUAUGUUUUAUGAUCGUGUAUUACCCAAAUCAGAGCAAGAAACAAAUGUAUUUUUCUAAGUCAUCAAGAUAAAUUCUUAAAAUUCUGUCUAACCUA